UUUCAGCAGGAAAUGCAUUUUCUAGUUGAUCAUAAUCUAGUAAACCAGUAUGUGUGAGUUAAAAUAAGAUGUACUUUAUUGUCCUGCAAGGACCUUUGUUCUGAGAGAGAUAAGGACCUGAAGCGUUGUAAUUAAAUGAAACCUCUAAAUCUUUCCACGAACUGUGUCUGUUUGAGCUUAUAGAGGAAUUAAGUAUCGAACACGACCUUUCACUGUUUGAGACUACUAUAGUAAUCUGUUGUAUUUUCUGUAACUAAGCAACCAAUCUACUUCCUGUUUACACCGGCACCAUCGCGCCCGGUGUACGUAAAGGGUCGCCUGAUGUUUGUUUUCAGGCCCGUUAGUCUGGACGUAGAUCAUUUAGAAAACGAUGCUGUAUUAGUGUGGUUGUAGCCUAAAUUUAAACACAUUCAGCUGUGGUGGGUUGACCUUUGACCUCUACCUGAUGUCACUUCCUGUGCAGGUCAGAGAUCUGUUCGUCAUGGCGAGGAAGAACGCUCCCUGCAUCCUCUUCAUCGACGAGAUCGACGCCGUGGGACGGAAGCGAGGACGAGGAAACUUCGGAGGACAGAGCGAGCAGGAGAACACGCUGAACCAGCUGCUGGUGGAGAUGGACGGGUUCAACACGGCGACCAACGUCGUGGUUCUAGCAGGAACCAACAGACCCGACAUCCUGGACCCGGCUCUCAUGAGACCCGGACGCUUCGACAGACAGAUCUACAUCGGUCCUCCUGAUAUCAAAGGUCGAGCGUCCAUCUUUAAAGUCCACCUGCGUCCUCUGAAGCUGGAGGUGGACUUGGACAAAGACGCUCUGGCCAGGAAGAUGGCCGCCCUCACACCUGGAUUCUCAGGUGCCGACAUCGCCAAUGUCUGCAACGAGGCGGCGCUGAUCGCCGCUCGCCACCUUUCAGACGCCAUCAACCAAAAGCACUUUGAGCAGGCCAUCGAGAGAGUGAUCGGAGGUCUGGAGAAGAAGACUCAGGUCCUGCAGCCGGAGGAGAAGAAGACAGUGGCGUAUCACGAGGCCGGUCACGCCGUGGCAGGAUGGUUCCUGGAGCACGCCGACCCUCUGCUGAAGGUGUCCAUCAUCCCCAGAGGGAAGGGUCUAGGUUAUGCUCAGUACCUCCCCAAAGAGCAGUACCUGUACACCAAGGAGCAGCUGCUGGACCGCAUGUGUAUGACUCUGGGAGGCCGAGUCUCCGAGGAGAUCUUCUUCGGACGGAUCACCACUGGAGCUCAGGACGACCUCCGGAAGGUCACGCAGAGCGCCUACGCACAGAUCGUUCAGUUCGGGAUGAAUGCGAAGGUGGGUCAGGUGUCCUUCGCCCUCCCCCGGCAGGGUGAGAUGGUUCUGGAGAAACCGUAUAGUGAAGCCACGGCUCGUCUCAUCGACACCGAGGUUCGAAUUCUCAUCGCCGAGGCGCACCAGAGAACCCACCGACUGCUGAGUGACAAGAGGCCCGAGGUGGAGAAGGUGGCGCUGCGGCUGCUGGAGAAGGAGGUUCUGGAUAAGAGCGACAUGGUGGAGCUGCUGGGAAAACGUCCGUUUGGAGAGAAGUCGACGUACGACGACUUUGUGGAGGGAACCGGAGGCAUGGACGAGGACACCACGCUGCCGGAGGGUCUGAAGGACUGGAACCAGGAGAGGAAGGACAAGGAGGAGAGCCCGGAGGAGCAGGUCGCCCGCCAGAUCUCUGGAGGAAUGCCUUUCUAGAACCCUGUGAUGGAUUCUGACCCAUCACCCUCGCAUGUAUCUCAAAUAUCAUCCACUCCUCGAAUACAGCUUUUCUUUGAGCCACCAUCCUUUACCGACCCACCCACCAGAACUUUGAUUAUCGAGGGUUCUCCAUCUUGGUGGCGGAGAAUCCCUCUCACUGACCACCUCAUGGUUCUAGAACCUCGUGGAACCAUCACACAGAGUUUAUAAACUCUUGAGUUGUAACAGCUGUUGAAUAACCGAGUCUAAAGCCUUCAUUAAGAGGAACAGGACUGUCAAUACAUUCUACAGGUGAACAGAUCAGUCAUAACAAUAAGAUGCUACAUCACGUACACAGAAAACACGUUUCAUGUUGUGAUAUUUACUGGAAAAGAUACGAUACAGUCGACAGCCAUUGUUCCACUGCAAGCUUUCAGAGAGCAACAGGAAUCAGUGGAACCCGAGCGUCUGACUCAUAGAAACCCGCUCACUGAGUAAACUAGGACCAGCUCUGACUCCUAGAACCUUCUCACUGAGUAAACUAGGACCAGCUCUGACUCCUAGAACCUGCUCACCGAGUAAACUAGGACCAGCUCUGACUCCUAGAACCUGCUCACUGAGUAAACUAGGACCAGCUCUGACUCCUAGAACCUGCUCACUGAGUAAACAAGGACCAGCGUGACUCCUAGAACCAACUCUGACUCCUAGAACCUGCUCACUGAGUAAACUAGGACCAGCUCUGACUCCUACUGUCAUUGAGAUCUAGAACAUUUCUCUGGGUUCUACUUUUACUUAAUCUCCGAGCUGUAGAACCCUGUUUCAGGUUCUAGAUGUGGAUUCUUGAGUUUUCUGGUUCCAGGUGGUCCCUCAAUAGAAGUUGUGGUGGAGUUCUCCUUAGAACCACCGAUGGGUUACCGGUCAGUUAUUGGUCAGUUCCUGGUCAGGUCCUGGUCAGUUCCUGGUCGGUUAUUGGUCGGUUAUUGGUCGGUUAUCGUUCGGUUGUCGGUCGGUUGCUGGUGGGUUGCUGGUCAGUUGCUGGUCAGUUACUGGUCACCUGUAAUAUGAUGUGUAACAAUAAUGUGUAUAUGUGUUCUUUAGUCAAAUGUUUUAAUCAUUUGAACAAAGUCAGAGAAAUAAAUCAAUCUAUCAACCGUUUGACGCGCAAAGCUUUAUUUAAACGGUUUACAUUUAGUGUUAAAUAAAAGAACAUUUAACGUAUAUUUUGAUGCUUUUGUAAUAUCAGUUACGCAGCUUUUUGAAUGCAGGACUUUUACUUGUCAGAGUAUUUCUACACUGUGGUAUUAGUACUUUUACUGUAGUAACAGACGCAAGUUUCUGUCCAUAAAUCCUGCAGUCUUUUAUUUUGAAGCCAGUCGUACAGGAAGUGUCGUAUGGCGGAAGUGCAGAGCUGAGACACAAACAUGAUAAAUAUAAAUCUAUAAGAUAUAAAAUGUGUUUUUAGUC